AUGCGGCCGCUGAGUCUGCCCGUGCUGGCGCUGCUGCUGCUGUGCGCGCUGUGCACGCUGACGGAGGUGCGCGGCGGCGGCGGCGACAUGAAGGCCGUGAAGCUGUGCGGCCGCGAGUUCAUCCGCGCCGUCGUCUACACCUGCGGAGGCUCCAGGUGGAGGAGGCUUCUCAACCAACGAGACCUGGAGGGCAUGUCUGGUGGAGAGCAGAGCAGCGCGGAGGGCCAGGGGGACAGCCUGGCGUCAGACCUGAGCAAACGAGACCUGAACCACGUGCUCACCAACAUGUGCUGCCAGAUGGGCUGUCGCAAGAGCGACCUCACCUUCCUGUGCUGAGGAGCAGUCGCCUCGGGGUCUCCACCUGCCACACAUCCACCACAGACGUCACCCAUGGAGCUCUCACGGUCUGAUCCAGCACCAUCACUUCAGUACCUAUCCACAGCUUUUUACAAUACAAAUGAUUUGAUUUUAGUGAUCAAUAGACAAUUACAACACGUGGGCUAACGCCAGGCUGGAAUUGAUCGAUCGUCUCUGUACAAUGUCAACAUACUGACAAGAAUCAGGUCUUAAUUCCACAGAGCAAUCAAUCAGUUGCAGUCUGACAUUAACACACAAGUGUAACUUUAAACUUUAAAUAAACUGUGUGAUACUAUGCACUGGACUGCCUCCACUCACACAUAAAUGGCUUUGAUUCAAAGGGAAGAUGCUAUACCCACAUGCCUAUGUGAA